CUCAGAGUCUAGCCCCACUCUCUCCGACCUCCCCCCUCCCCGCCGGGGUCCAGAGCCGAUGCGACGCCAGCCGCCGAGAAUCUAGAAAGGACAGGACUAGAAGAGAGGGGCGGAAUUUCCAGGUUCUUUUUUAUUCCCAUUCCAACUCUUCCAGAGGCGGACUGUCCUCUGGACACAACAGGACGGAGAGGUUAGGCUAAGUUUCAUAUCUGGGGCCGAAGGAGAUGACCAAAUUCGGUUUACCAGUUUGGCCAAAUUCCCGAGCUUCCAGGCGUCUGGGGGGGAUUCCGGGAGGAAGGGAGGCUUCUGGGAGGAGGCAGGGCUCAGCAGUUGGGCAUUCCAGCCCCGAGACCCUGGGCUCCCUGGCACCCCAUUUCUCUGGUAUCGCUUGGGCCAGGCCCUUGGGCCGUUUCCACCCCUGGCCUGAGAUUGGGUUGGGGUGGACCAGCAGGGUGGGCCUGGGGUGGUCGGUGCGGCCUUCACAGGCUGUGAUUGGCAUACUUGAUCUUGACUCCCCCAAGGAGAUCCGUGCCACGAUCCACGCUGAGCACCGAGGGCCUCCUGCCCCCCUGGCGGGGCACCACCCAGGCACCCCCACGGAACCAGAGGAAGAGGGUGGACCGGAAGGUUGGCAGCGGGGACAGGAGGUGGAGGAGCCAGGCCCGGGGCACGGUCACCCACUUGCCCAGGGGCAGGAGGAUGCCAGCCUGGAAGGGCCCGGCCUCGUCGAGGUCCGAGGGAACGAGGAGCUGCGCCUCUACAACGCCCUGUUCUCCGACUACGACAGCGGCCAGAGGCCCGUCCGGACCCCGGGGGAGACGGUGACCGUCAGCAUCAAGGUCACCUUGACCAACCUCAUCUCCCUGAACGAGAAGGAGGAGACCCUCACCACCAACGUGUGGAUCGGACUGGACUGGCAGGAUUACAGGCUCAACUACAGCAAGGACGACUACGGGGGCAUCGAGACCCUAAGGGUGCCCGCAGAGAAAGUUUGGCUGCCGGAGAUCGUCCUGGAGAACAACAUCGAUGGGCAGUUCGGGGUGGCAUACGAUGCCAACGUGCUGGUGCUGGAGGGCGGGUACGUGAGCUGGCUGCCCCCCGCCAUCUACCGCAGCGUCUGCGCCAUCCAAGUGACCUUCUUCCCCUUCGACUGGCAGAACUGCUCCCUCGUCUUCCAAUCGCAGACCUACAGCGCCCAGGAGGUGGCGCUGCAAUUCGCCACCGACGCGGACACGGGCCGGUUCAUCGAGAAGAUUGAAAUAGACACGGAAGCCUACACAGAGAACGGGGAGUGGGCCAUCGAAUUCUGCUCUGGGGUGCUCCGCCAUCACACCCACCUGCCCCCCGACACCCCCGGGGACACCGACGUGGUCUACUCGCUCCUGAUCCGGCGGAAACCGCUGUUCUACGUCAUCAACAUCAUCGUGCCCUGCGUCCUCAUCUCCGGCCUGGUGCUCCUGGCCUACUUCCUACCUGCUCAGGCGGGAGGUCAGAAGUGCACCUUGUCCAUCUCCGUGCUCCUGGCCCAGACCGUCUUCCUCUUCCUCAUCGCCCAGAAGAUCCCCGAGACGUCGCUGGCCGUGCCUCUGCUGGGCCGGUACCUCCUCUUCGUCAUGGUGGUGGCGACCCUGAUCGUCAUGAACUGCGUGGUGGUGCUCAACGUGUCCCUGCGGACGCCCGCCACUCACACCAUGUCCCCAAGGCUGCGACGCGUUUUGCUGGAGUUGCUGCCCAGACUGGUGGGCGUCCCCGGGCCCCCGGAGCCCCCCGCGCUGGGCCCCCCACGCCGUGGAUCAUCACUGAGCCUGCAGGCCCGCGCCGAGGACCUCAUCCUGCGCACCCCAAGGAGCGAGCUGCUCUUCCAGGCCCAGCGUCACCGACACCACCGGGCCGCAGACGCCUCUCCCGGCACGCUGGGCCUGAGCCUGGCGGCGGCCGCCCCCGAACUCCGCUACUGCGUGGACGCCAUCAACUCCAUCGCCCGGAGCACGAGGGAGCAGGAGGAGUGCGGGGAGGAGAUGGCCGAGUGGGUCCAGGUGGGCAAGGCCAUAGACAACCUCUGCUUCUGGGCGGCCCUGCUGCUCUUCAGCCUGGGCACCGGCAUCAUCUUCUUUGGCGGCCAUUUCAACCGCAUCCCCGACCUGCCCUUCCCACCCUGCAUCGGCUGACCCCGUGCCCCUC